AUGAAUGUUGAGGGGGUGGGGGUGUGGGGUUCAUUAGUGGGGGGGGUGCGGUCACCCCCUCCCUCUCUCCAGCAGUGCCAGACUGCGGCAACACUUGCCUCUCCAGCAGUGCCAGACUGCGGCAACACUUGCCUCUCCAGCAGUGCCAGACUGCGGCAACACUUGCCUCUCCAGCAGUGCCAGACUGCGGCAACACUUGCCUCUCCAGCAGUGCCAGACUGCGGCAACACUUGCCUCUCCAGCAGUGCCAGACUGCGGCAACACUUGCCUCUCCAGCAGUGCCAGACUGCGGCAACGCUUGCCUCUCCAGCAGUGCCAGACUGCGGCAACGCUUGCCUCUCCAGCAGUGCCAGACUGCGGCAACGCUUGCCUCUCCAGCAGUGCCAGACUGCGGCAACACUUGCCUCUCCAGCAGUGCCAGACUGCGGCAACGCUUGCCCCUUCAGCAGUGCCAGACUGCGGAAACGCUUGCCCCUUCAGCAGUGCCAGACUGCGGCAACACUUGCCUCUCCAGCAGUGCCAGACUGCGGCAACACUUGCCUCUCCAGCAGUGCCAGACUGCGGCAACGCUUGCCUCUCCAGCAGUGCCAGACUGCGGCAACGCUUGCCCCUUCAGCAGUGCCAGACUGCGGCAACGCUUGCCCCUUCAGCAGUGCCAGACUGCGGCAACGCUUGCCUCUCCAGCAGUGCCAGACUCCGGCAACGCUUGCCUCUCCAGCAGUGCCAGACUGCGGCAACGCUUGCCUCUUCAGCAGUGCCAGACUGCGGCAACGCUUGCCCCUUCAGCAGUGCCAGACUGCGGCAACGCUUGCCUCUCCAGCAGUGCCAGGCUGCGGCAACACUUGCCUCUCCAGCAGUGCCAGACUGCGGCAACGUUUGCCUCUCCAGCAGUGCCAGACUGCGGCAACGUUUGCCUCUCCAGCAGUGCCAGACUGCGGCAACGUUUGCCUCUCCAGCAGUGCCAGACUGCGGCAACGCUUGCCCCUUCAGCAGUGCCAGACUGCGGCAACGCUUGCCCCUUCAGCAGUGCCAGACUGCGGCAACGCUUGCCUCUCCAGCAGUGCCAGACUGCGGCAACGCUUGCCUCUCCAGCAGUGCCAGACUGCGGCAACGCUUGCCUCUCCAGCAGUGCCAGACUGCGGCAACGCUUGCCUCUCCAGCAGUGCCAGACUGCGGCAACGCUUGCCCCUUCAGCAGUGCCAGACUGCGGCAACGCUUGCCUCUCCAGCAGUGCCAGACUGCGGCAACACUUGCCUCUCCAGCAGUGCCAGACUGCGGCAACGCUUGCCUCUCCAGCAGUGCCAGACUGCGGCAACGCUUGCCUCUCCAGCAGUGCCAGACUGCGGCAACGCUUGCCCCUUCAGCAGUGCCAGACUGCGGCAACGCUUGCCCCUUCAGCAGUGCCAGACUGCGGCAACGCUUGCCCCUCCAGCAGUGCCAGACUGCGGCAACGCUUGCCUCUCCAGCAGUGCCAGACUGCGGCAACGCUUGAUUCUCCAGCAGUGCCAGACUGCGGCAACGCUUGCCCCUUCAGCAGUGCCAGACUGCGGCAACGCUUGCCUCUCCAGCAGUGCCAGGCUGCGGCAACGCUUGCCUCUCCAGCAGUGCCAGUGCGGCAACGCUGCCAGGCCUGCGGCAAAACGCUUGCCUCUCCAGCAGUGCCAGACUGCGGCAACGCUUGCCUCUGCAGCAGUGCCAGGCUGUGGCAACACUUGCCCCUUCAGCAGUGCCAGACUGCGGCAACACCUGCCCCUCCAGCAGUGCCAGGCUGCGGCAACACCUGCCCCUCCAGCAGUGCCAGACUGCGGCAACACUCCGCUUGCCCCUCCAGCAGUGCCAGACUGCGGCAACGCUUGCCUCUCCAGCAGUGUUGGUUGUCCCCCCAGACUGCGGCCAACGCUUGCCCCCUUCAGCAGUGCCAGACUGCGGCAACGCUUGCCUCUCCAGCAGUGCCAGGCUGCGGCAACGCUUGCCUCUCCAGCAGUGCCAGACUGCGGCAACGCUUGCCUCUGCAGCAGUGCCAGGCUGUGGCAACACUUGCCCCUUCAGCAGUGCCAGACUGCGGCAACACCUGCCCCUCCAGCAGUGCCAGGCUGCGGCAACACCUGCCCCUCCAGCAGUGCCAGACUGCGGCAACACCUGCCCCUCCAGCAGUGCCAGACUGCGGCAACACCUGCCCCUCCAGCAGUGCCAGACUGCGGCAACACCUGCCCCUCCAGCAGUGCCAGACUGCGGCAACAUCUGCCCCUCCAGCAGUGCCAGGCUGCGGCAACGCUUGCCUCUCCAGCAGUGCCAGGCUGCGGCAACGCUUGCCUCUCCAGCAGUGCCAGGCUGCGGCAACGCUUGCCUCUACAGCAGUGCCAGGCUGCGGCAACGCUUGCCUCUCCAGCAGUGCCAGGCUGCGGCAACACCUGCCUCUCCAGCAGUGCCAGACUGCGGCAACACUUGUCCCCUCCAGCAGUGCCAGACUGCGGACAGACAACCCCCCCCCCCCCUCAGUGUUCUUGGCACCGUGUGUGUACACAGCGGACCGCCCCUAAUUAG